AUGCGUGUUGAGAAGAAGCUGACCCCUAAACAAAACAAACAACCCAAGGCCUCCGCAAAAACCACCAGCAUCAACAAGAUGGUUCAGCUAAAGAGCCUCGUCAUCCUCCUCCCCCUCCUUUCCGUCGCGGCAGCUUUGCCGGCGGGCGAGCCUCCUGCCCGCAACGUGGAUGUCGCCGCCACCGGACCCGCCGCCCCCACGUUCGACCAGGACACCCUUGCCCAGUUGCUCGCGGCUAACGAGGAGGCCUCGUCGUCGUUCUCCGAGUCGGACCUCGAAAGGCGUAACUGGCUCACUAACCUUUUCAAGAAGAAGGACAAGAAAAAGCCCAUUAACAAGCAGGACAUCAAGCCCGUCAUCCCGCCCUCGCCCCCCGCCCCGCCGGCCCCGCCGGCCCCUUUCCACGGGCCCAGCAGUGACUGGAAGAAGCAGGGUCUUGAAAACAUCGUUCCCCCGGGCAAGAAGCCCCAAAAGCGUAACUGGCUCACCAACCUUUUCAAGAAGAAGGACAAGGAGCCCAUCAACAAGCAGGACAUCAAGCCCAUCAUCCCGCCCUCGCCUCCGGCCCCGCCGGCCCCGCCGGCCCCUUUCCACGGGCCCAGCAGUGACUGGAAGAAGCAGGGCCUGGAGAACAUCGUUCCCCCCGGCAAGAAGCCCGGUCAGUAAACGUGCGUAGUGUUGCUGGGGAUCGGGAUUCACAUGCGAUAAAGCGCAGCGAGGGGCAUUAACGGAUAUGCGCAAGGAGUUUGGCAUGAUGGAAUUGGGUGUUUGGCGUUUAUGACUUUUUCCCCUUCUUUCACGGGUUUUUAUUGUAUCUAGUUUUUUAAGGCGGUCAUUAUUCGCGUAGCGUUGGAAGCGCUGGCACCGA